GGAUCAACAGCAGCCUGUUCAGUGAGUGUUAAUCCCGCGAAAGGGAUCGAACGAAUCGUCAAUAUUGUGUAGUUUAGCAAACAUAGUGUGAGCAAAAUGGUGAGCCGUGGAUUACUGAUCACCACGGUGUGUUUACUGCUGGUUACUUCCACACUCGGAGGUCGUCCUGCCUGGAAAUGGCUGGUGGAACCUUCCGACAUUACGCUUAUGUUCGAGUCGGAACGUCAGGAAUUCGACAAUGUUGUCGGUCCAAACCGUCGACAGCCCGUUGACGAAUCGUACCGGCUACCGAACAAUACCUCUCCCGUACAUUACCAUCUGGCACUCCGGACGGCAAUUCACGAAAACAAUCGUCAAUUCAGCGGUACGGUCAUGGUGCUGUUUGAAGUGCUCGAAUCCACCACAACCGUUACGUUACACAACCGCCAGCUUACGGUGCAGCGAGCAUUUUUGCACGAAGUGGCUACCGACGGUAGUGCGGGACCACAGAUCGAACAAGCAUCGCACGUUACCGACCCCACCACGGAACAUCUAACCCUGACGAUGUCCCAAAUGCUUCCCGUCGGUUCACGAUACUUCCUGCGCAUCGAAUUUCAAGGAACGCUACAGAACAACAACAAUAUGGGUUUCUUCGCCUCGUCCUAUUUGGACAAUACCGGAACCCGCCGGUAUUUGGCAUCGAGUAAGUUCGAACCAACGCAUGCCCGUUCCGCGUUUCCGUGCUAUGAUGAGCCACUGCUGAAGGCAACCUUCGAGCUGGAACUGACACACUUCAAGGAUUAUAAUGCUGUGGCAAACAUGCCGUCAUCCGGCACACCGGUACCCGAUCCGGACAAUGCCGAUUACGUGACGAGUAAGUUUGUAAUCUCGCCGAAAAUGUCCACCUAUCUGCUGGCGUUUGCCGUGAGCGACUUUUCUAUUCGCACGGCCGACAAGCAAACGGUUUACGCACGCUCCAACGUGUACGAGGAAACGGCUUAUCCACUCGAGGCGGGUAAUAAAAUCUUGGAUGCACUCAGCGAAUAUAUGGAUAUUCAGUACUACGAUUAUAUGCCAAAGAUGACCCAAAUUGCGAUCCCCGAUCGUGGUACGGGAGCGAUGGAAAAUUGGGGCCUAGUAGCGUACGGCGAGCCUGUCCUCCUGUUCAAUCCGGCCAUAAACUCCUAUCGCAACAAGAAGAGCGUUACGACGAUCAUCGCACACGAGUACGCUCACCAGUGGUUCGGCAACUUGGUCAGCCCGCACUGGUGGGAGUACAUCUGGCUGAACGAAGGUUUCGCUACCCUGUACGAGUACUAUGCCGCUCAGCUCGCCUACCCAGAGGGUAACUACUGGGAACUGUUUACGGUGGAGGUGAUCCAGAAUGCGUUCAGCGCCGAUGCAAGUGCAACGGUUCGUCCGAUGAACUGGAAUGCGGCAACACCGAAUGAAAUUGCCGGACUGUUCGAUACGGUUGCGUACGAUAAGUCGGGCAGCGUACUUAACAUGUUCCGUACCGCACUUGGGGACAACAUUUGGCGCUCCGGGCUGAAGACUUACAUGUCCGCUCGGCAGCUGGACGGUGCUACUGCGGAGCAUCUUUAUUCCGGCUUGCAGGAAGCUCUCGUGGCGAAUGCUCCCACUUUAUUACCGGCAGGCGUUACCGUACAGCAGCUUAUGAACUCCUGGACCUCGGAGGCUGGUUUUCCGGUUUUGAAUGUUUACCGCACGUACGGGGAUGAUAAGCAGGAAGCAAUUAUCUCGCAGGAACGAUUCCUCUCCAACCAACAGGUACCGAACACGCACGUGUUUCUAAUUCCGUACGAUUUUACCGGUGGCAAUGCACCGAACUUCGUACCAACGCCCGAAGGAUAUGCUUGGCUUUCGUCGAAGGCUGAAAAAAUCUCCAUCACCGUACCGGAUGACCAAUGGAUCAUCUUCAACCGACAGCAAAACGGUUACUACCGGGUGAACUACGAUGCGCACAACUGGGAUCUGCUCAUUGAAGCGCUACAUACCAAUCCGGACCAGAUCCACCACAGCAACCGUGCCCAGCUGAUAAAUGAUGCCUACAAUCUGGCUCGAGCUGAUCGUAUCGAUUUUACCGUACCGCUGCGUCUGAUGGGUUACUUGCGUAAGGAAACACAAUACGCACCGUGGACGGCGGCAGGCAGCGCUCUUACCUACCUCAACAACAAACUGCGUGGUACGGAACACUACGACCAUUUCUUAGUGUACGUCAAUCGGAUCUUAAUGGAUAUCUAUCCUACCCAGACGAUUGAUAGUGUCGCUCCUACCGAGACCCUACUGCAGCUCUAUCUCAAACAAUUCAUCACUACAUGGGCCUGCCGGAUUGGGCACGGUGAUUGUCUCCCAAAAAUGAAGCAAGCACUUACCGCCGCUGUUCAGGCUAACACCGCCGUGCAUCCGGACAUUGCAACCGCGGUGUACUGCAACGGGUUGGUUGAUGCUACCGAUGAAGUCUUUGUUUGGGUUUGGGAGGAAUUUAAAAAAUCCCGCAACCAAGCACAACGCACGGUACUGAUCGAUGCUUUGGCAUGUUCGCGAAACCCAGCCCAGCUAGCUUCCUUCCUCACGACGGCACUCGGCAGUGGAAGUGAAUUUGACGCAAUGCUAUCAUCCGAACGGACGCGUAUCGUUUCCGCCGUAUAUGGCGCAAGUCGGGAAGGUGUUGAUGCGGUGAUUGAUUUCCUGAUGGUAUCAACGGCACAGGUGACCGAAUUCGUACAACGAUUGGGACAGUCGGCGCUCAACAGUGCCGUAUCGAAUAUCGCUUCCCGUACGAACAAUCAGCAGGAGCUGGACCGUUUGAAUCAGCUACUCAACAGCCUAGGAACGAUGAUUACCGAGUCAGUGGCCACCAGUGCCCGCGCUACGGUACAAAAUAACUUCAAUUGGUUCAACAGUCUUGAGGGACUGGUGGCGGUUGAGUACUUUGAAAAGGCGGCCACCACACCCCAGGAGUUGUGAAACCGUAUCCGCAAGUUUUCAUUGUAAAUGAUUGCAUCCACUAUUCUAUAAAAUAUAAUUGCUUUGCAAAUAA